GCCCUCUCCCACCAUGUCGGUCUCCAAACUGCAGGACGUGGAUGAGGUUUUUGAUUUUACCGCUGUGGUUCCAGAGACCCCGCGGCUGGACAGCAGCCUGCAGAAGGCUCGGGCCCGGCUGCUAGCCAAGGGCCGCCGGCAGCGGCCGUCCCGCUCCCGCCUGCGAGACAGCGCCAGCUCCACCGAGGGGGACGAGGGCCCCGAGCCCACGGAGGGGCUGGUGGGCACCCCCUCGCCCAAAUCCUGCCACAGCUCGGACAGCUCUCCCGGCUUCGCCCGCCGCGAUGCCCGGCCCCAGCGGCACAGUGAAGAUGACAGCCGGGACAUGAGCCCCCCCGAGCCGGGCAGCCCCACCGUGGGGCUCGACAAGAAAACCAGGAGGAAGUUCCUGGAUUUGGGGGUGACCCUGCGCCGGGCGUCCUCCAGCAAGAGCCGCAAGGAGAAGGGCAGCAACCGGCGCUCGAUGGGCAGCAGGGAGGCAGUGGAGGGGUCGGGCCGCCCCUCGGGGUCACCCUUCCUGCCCUUCUCCUCCUGGUUCUCGGACGGCGCAAGGGGCUCAGCCUCCCCUGGCUCUGCGUCCCCUGCAGGCUCCCCCCGGCACGAGGGGCUGAGCCCCAACAAAUCUGCCUCCCAGGACUCGACGCUGAGCGAGGACUCUCCGCCGCCCAGCGCCAGCCCGCGGCUGCCUGGCCCCCCCAGCACCAAGUGCUCCUACCCCUACCACACCCUCUCCCAGUCCUCAGACGAGUUCCUGGACGAGCCCCCGGGGGUGGCCGCGGGCUGGACGUGCCAGCAGGUGGGGCAGUGGCUGGAGAGCCUCAACCUGGAGCAGUAUGUGGAGGAGUUCUCAGCCCACAGCAUCGAUGGCCCACGGCUCCUGCACCUUGAUGGAGCCAAGCUCAAGGCGCUGGGGGUGGGCAGCUCCCAGGACCGAGCUGUGCUGAAGAGGAAGCUGAAGGAGCUGAGCCUGGCGGUGGAGAAGGAGCGCAAGGCGCAGGAGAAGGCGGAGAGGCAGAGAGAGAAGCAGAAGAAGAAGGACCAGGAGCAGCGAAGGAGCUGAAGGGGAGGGGGCUGGGAGCGCCCCCGCACCCC